AUGAAAGCGGCUGUAUUUAAAGAAAAAAAUGGUCAACUUGAAAUCGUUGAAAAACCAAUCCCAGAACCAGCAAAAGGUUGGGUUAGAAUUAAGGUACAUAGUUGCGGUGUAUGCCAUUCAGAUUUUGUAGUUAAAAGUGGAGCCUUUGGUAACCCAUUCCCAAGAACACCAGGUCAUGAAGUUAUUGGUGUUAUCGAUAAAUUAGGAGAUGGUGUAGAUGCUACUAGAUUUGAAUUGGGUAAACUUGUAGGUGUUGGUUGGUAUGGAGGUAGAGGAGAAAAUGGAUGUGGUACAUGUGAUAAUUGUCGUGAAGAUCAAUGGAUUUUUUGCACACAUUCAAUGGUUUGUGGUAUUCAUUAUGACGGUGGUUAUGCAGAGUAUAUGACAUGUCCUGAAGAUGCUUUGGUAUUUGUCCCAGAGGGUAUGGAUCCAAUUGAAUCAGCUCCAUUAUUAUGUGCAGGUAUUACUGUAUACAAUUCAUUUAGAAACUUAAAUAUUAAGUCAGGAUCAUUGGUCGGUGUUCAAGGUAUUGGUGGUUUAGGUCAUUUAGGUAUUCAAUUUGUUAAAAAGAUGGGUUAUGAAGUUAUUGCAAUGUCAGGUGGUAGUGGUAAGAAAGAAUUAGCUAAAGAAUUAGGAGCUGCUCAUUAUGUCGAUAUGUCCAAAGAUUAUAUCGACGAAAUGAAAAAGAUUGGUUCAGUUAAAUGUAUUUUAGUCACCGCUCCAAAUGCACAAAACAUUCAAGGAAUGUUAGAAUCAUUAGGCAUCAAUGGUAAAUUAGUAUUACUUGCACUUUUACCAGAACCAUUCAAUGCCAAUGCCGGUACAUUAAUUGGCGGUAAUAAAUCCAUUGUUGGUUGGGCUUCAGGUGAUUCUCGUGACCUCCAUGACACUCUAGUUUUCGCUAAAAACAAUAAUGUCAAACCAAUGGUCAAAUCAUUCCCAUUAGAACAAGCUAGAGAGGCUUUAGAUAAUAUUGGUGAUGCAAGAUUUAGACAUGUUAUUAAAUUACAAUAA